CAUUGGACACGUUAUUGAACGUCCUUUAACCUUUUUCAAUUCCCGUGAUGAGGUCACAUUUGACGUCAGUGGUCGACUGACGAUCACUCUGGAGGAGAUGCAACCUAUUCCAAAUGAAAAUCCAGUCUCCUCAAUUAAACGACUCCUUUCAAGCUGUACACGCUACGAAGCAUUGUCUCGCUUAUGUAAUUCAAAUCCCAUUAAAUUCCAUUGUCUUUUUCGGGAAUGGAUGGGAAAAGAAGGAAGGGGGAAGGCGGCAGAAGGGGGGGAGGGAAGUCGUGCGAUUGAUCGCAGGCAUGUUUCGUGACAUAACUUGGCGCGCUCGGUCCGGGUGUAAGAGAGGAAAGCAGGCAAGAGCGGGAAUGCACCUGGCCGGCGUGUGUCCCGGCCCGGUACACAAGAGAGUGACCUGCCAACCUGCGUGCGAGCCAACAGCUUGCCCGCUCGCUCGUCCGCCCGCCCGCCCGUCUAACCGACCGACCGGCCUGCGUUCACCUGUACAACGCAAGGUUGCUACGAGAGAGAAGUACGGCGGCGGCGGUGGCGGCUCUUGGCGUGAACCACGAGCGAGAACGCGUCCGUCCGGUCAGCUACAUCGUAACAGAGAAAUGGACAGGGACCAUAGAGAACAACGCAAUCAUGAUAAUCUGAAUGAGGAGUCGGAUUGCAAAGUUGGAAUGGAUUUCCGCAAUCUCUCUCAUCAGCACGAUCGUAUGUCGGACAUCGAUACCGAGAGAGACAUGGAGAUCGAUCCGUCUGAUCGUCUUGACAACUUACACGAUGACAAAUCCGAGAAAUUAGGGAGAAAUUUUCACAAUAUAGGACAUCACCCAGCUAUGAGGGAUGUAGAUAGGGAUCAAAAUAAUCAUGUUGACAAUAUGCAUGACGAUAAAAUUGAGCACAAGAUGGGAAGAGAUUUCCGUAAUCUGGGUCAUCAUCCUGGAAUGGUUCAUUUGCAUCCCGGCAUGGAGCAUUUGAGUAACGAUGUACGUAUCGAUGUCGAGGUAAAGUUAGCGAGAGAUGUUCGUGGCUCGUUAGGUUUAGGACUGUCCUUAGAACUCUGUGUAGUUUGUGGAGAUAGAGCUAGUGGCAGACAUUAUGGAGCAAUUAGUUGCGAGGGUUGCAAAGGCUUUUUUAAACGCAGUAUUCGCAAGCAACUAGGCUACCAAUGUAGGGGAAGCAAAAGUUGCGAAGUUACCAAACACCACAGAAAUCGUUGUCAGUAUUGUAGACUUCAAAAGUGCUUAGCUAUGGGCAUGAGAAGUGACUCUGUUCAACAUGAGAGAAAACCCGUAUUAGGUGAAUCAGCCGCCGCAAAAGUAGGUAAUCGUAGCACCAGAGUAAAACCGGAACCGCAACAACUCACACCCGAGGUACCCCCAGUUUGGGAACAACCCGAGAGUCCUAGCAUGGAAGAUCAAAGUAGCGACAGCGAUCUUAGUGAUGCUUUGACCUUAGCUCGCGACCGUUUACUCAUCUCUCAUGCAUUGGAUAGCAUGGCUAAACUCAUUGGUGACACCGUUAAUGGUUCGAGUGAACCAGAAGAAGAAUGGACUGGUCAAUUAAUCUCUGAACGGAAUACAUUGUUCGAAUUGAGGGCACCCAGCCCGGCACCUGUAUAUUUAUCUAUUCAUUACAUAUGCGAAAGCGCGGCUAGGUUACUAUUUUUGUCUGUACAUUGGGCGCGAGGAAUUCCGGCAUUUCAAGCUUUGCCAUCUGAGAUUCAAACUACUUUAGUGCGAAGUUCCUGGGGACAAUUAUUUAUACUAGGUUUAGCACAAUGCGCAUACACAUUGUCUCUUCCUAGUAUUCUAACGUCAAUAAUUAAUCACUUACAAGCUAGUAUCGCACAAGAGAAGGUCACAGCUGGCAAAGUAAAAUGUGUUACGGAACAUAUAUGCAGAUUGCAGGAUUGUGUAAGUUCACUGCACAAGUUACAAGUGGAUUCUGUUGAAUACGCUUAUCUUAAGGCUUUAACACUUUUUAGCGCUGAUAAUAUCUUAACAGGUAGCUGGCGUAAAAAGGUUGAGGUUCUGCAAGAAGCAGCGUGGACGGAAUUACAGCAACGCGCGGGCUCAGAUAGAUUACCUCGUCUUCUCUUGAGGCUAGCGCCUCUCCGUUCGAUUAAUCCUAGAGUUCUGGAGGAUCUUUUCUUCGCAGGUCUCAUUGGUCGAGUAAGUGUAGCUAGCGUCGUGCCUUACAUCCUUACCAUGCAAGAUUAUAAAACCGAGCCGGAAAGUCACGCAGGGUGACAAAUACUGUCAUUGCAAUGUAAGUCGUGACCUAAAAAUAGUGUUGUAUACAUAAAUGUUGAAUGCCUUGAACAUUUUCAUACAACGAGACAAAAGUGCAAAAGAAGAGUCAAAAUUAUUUCUUCUUCAUUUUUUAAAAAUGUCUCUGCACAAAAAUAUUAUAAGCUGGUUAUUAAAAUAGCGCGCAUAAAUU